AUGUCUGAAUACUUAGAUUUAAUCAAAAGAGGUGGUAACGAAGCCUUGAAAAUCAACGGUCCUGCCUUGGCAGAUUUCCAUAUCACCGACAGAGGCUCCGAUUGGUUAUUCACCGUCUUCUGUCUAUAUACACUAGCUUGUAUCAUUGCCAUCCUACUAAUGUUUAGAAAACCAGCUAACGAAAGAUUCGUUUACUACACCAUCAUUAUCCCUUACGCUUGUAUGGCCGUCAACUACUUCACUAUGGCCUCUAAUUUGGGUUGGGCCCCAGUCGUCGCCCUUUACAACCGUAACAGAGUCUCCACUCAAAAGACUCAUCUAGGUACUAGACAAAUCUACUACUCAAGAUUGAUCGGUUGGUUCUUAGCCAUGCCAUGGCCUGUCAUCCAAUUGUCCCUGAUGGGUAAGACCCCAAUCUGGCACAUCAUCUUCAACUGUUUCUUCACCGAAUUGUUCGUCAUCGGUUACUUGGUCGCUUGUGUUGUCCACUCCACUUAUAAAUGGGGUUACUACACCUUCGGUACUGCUGCUAUCAUUGUCACGUUGAUCUCCUUGAUGACUACCACUAAGAACUUGACUAAGAGACUAGGCGAAGACGUCACCAAGAUUUUCACCUUGAUGUUCGGUUUGAACGCCUUCUUAUGGUUGAUUUAUCCAAUUUGUUUCGCUCUAUCUGAAGGUGGUAACGUUAUCGUCCCAGAUUCUGAACAUAUCUUCUACGGUAUCAUCGAUUUGAUCUACUUAGGUGUCCUACCAGCCGUCUGGUUAGUAUUGGUGCAAUACGUCGGUCUAGAAAAGAUGGGCUUGGAUACUCUAGGUGCUAAUGCUGAAUUGGAUCCAUUACCAUCUGUAGGUUCCACUGCUAGUGUCGCUUCUAAGAAGUCUGACUCUGAUUCUGGUAACGAAGAAAAGAAAAAAUUCAAGUCACCAUUGAACAAGUUAAAGAUCUCUAAGAAAGAAGAGGAAGACAAAUAA